CAGAUAAGAAGCUCGUUCGUCCACUGCUUCCAUCUCUCAGCUGUGCAUCAUCCAUCCAUCCGUUCCACUCCUCCAUCAUAUCAUAUCGAUGGCGCUCAUGCUCAGCCCAGCCGCUCCGGCGGCGGCCUUCUCCGUCGUGGCACCUGGCAAUGGCAAGUCCGCCGGAAUGAGGACGAUUCGACUUGGCAGCCGGAGCCUCCGGAAGGUGGUUGCCAUGGCGGACAUGCUGGGUGACUUUGGUGCGCGGGACCCGUUCCCGGAGGAGAUCGCGAGCGAAUGGGGGGAGAAGACGCUGGGCAACGUGGACACGCUGCACCGCAUCCUCAUCCCCACCGUGUCCGUGCUCUCCCUCUCCCGCGUGCCCCUCCAGGCCGACCCCGAGCUGCUCUCCCAGGACGACGCGCGCAGGCUCCUCCACAAGGUGGUCGGAUGGAGGCUCCUCUUCCCUUGCACCCACGACAACCAGGACGACCUGCUCAAGCUCGAGUGCGUGUGGAAGGUCAAGGACCAGGCCUGCGGGGAGGAGCUGGUGUCCAGGAUUACCAGGGCGCUGGAGAGCGGUGCCGGUGCCGGCUGCGGUGGGUAUGUGCCGGCGAAGCUCGGUUUCGAGGCGCCCAACCAAGUCAGGGCGCAGCUCUACUCCACGUCCCUAGGUGGGCUGAGCGUGAACGACUUCAUCAUCGCUGCCAGGAUAGACCAGAUCAAGACGCAAGAUCUUAUCCCAAAGAAGAGAGUCUGGGCAUGCUAGAUCCAGAUACUCAUUUUUCUUCUUCUUCUUCCGCAUGCAUACAUACAUACAAGAGGAGCCAAAUCCCUUCGUUGCAGUUUUGUUUCAUGAAAUUGAUCAGCUCACAUUUGUACCAGUACAGUGUUUUUUUGAUAAGAAUAGUAUGAUCAUCAUUUGUCAA